UUAUUUUUUGUACUUCUUUUUUCACCUUUUCCUCUCAUUUUGUUGCCAUGUCAUAUAAUGAUGGCAGUUCAAAACAAAAACGAAAUAGACCUUGUAAGAUUUGAACAUUUUUUUUAUCCAAGAGAAAAGAAGAGUUUGUUCCACAAAAAGCCGAGAGCUUCAACUCAAAAAGAAAUAUAAUUAUUUCCAGGUGAAAACUGUCGUGCACAUCGCAGGAAAUGUUUUGUUUCACAAGGGAUGCAAUGCGAACGGUGUAGUCGCAUGGAACUCCCAUGCGUCUUUAAAUUUACAGUGAAACCAAAUAUUGUCAAAAAAUUUGUACCAAUGUCGAAACGAAAUCGAAUGCUGGAUCAAGUCCAACUUUUGGAAGAGGAAGUAGCGGCAAUGGAAAUGCAGUUACGAUCACUCAAUGUUGAAGCACAAUUACGACAGCAGCAGCAAAAACAGCAACCUGACGACGAACAAUACGAGCAACACCACAGAGACGAACACGGCCGGUCCGACAAGAAACGGCAACGACGCGAUUCAUGGCAGUUGACAUUAGCACAUAGCACAAGUGGAUUACAGCUACAAACAUCUAUCAAAAGCGUUGCAGACGUAGCUACGUUUCUUAAAAGCACAAUUGGAUAUUUCACACCGUAUCGAUCGCCCAACUAUUUCGUCAAUCGACAGCAGCAGUUUCUCGUCGUGACAAACAAGAUGCUCAACAUGGAGCAGCUGUUUCGAGUGAUUUUCGCCAAAAAGAUGAACCAGGGCAUGAUGCUCGAGUUUCCUCGUAUAUACCAACACAGCUACAACGACCCCAAUGAUACCAUUUUGUCCACCAAGCUUCACUUUCUGGACACUUAUUUCGACUGCAAUGGCUAUACGCUCCCCAUCUUUGUUCGUCCCUAUUACCACCCAUACCUUCGUUCCCGGCCCAAUGCCAUGCUGACCUCGGCAAUUGCAGCCUUUGCUGGAUUUAACCAAUGCCAACACAUCCACCAAGACUACCAGUCAACGCGCAGGGAGAUGGCUGAAAUAUUUCGGCAAGAGGCACGGACACUGGUGGAAGAUGCCAUGUUCGAACAAGAGCCGAACAUGGAGCUGGUCGGAGCGUUGCUGUUGCUCGGACAGACGUACCUGAUACUGCUGCGAAAUAGCGAAGGCCGCAUAUACAUAAGCAUGGCGUGGCGCAUUGCAAUGCAGCUGCGAGAUAAGUACCUUGCAGUAUUGCAUGAUCAGGAACAGCAGCAGCAGCAGGAGCAACAAAUAGCGUCGGAGACAACGAAUGAGAGCGUGAGCGGCCCACGCGCCGAAGCGGAAUCCUGGCGGAGAAUGUUUUAUAUGGUGCGUUACCUCGAGAUUAAUAUGCACAUCGUCUAUGACGGCCGGGAUAGCGUAUCACCGACCCUCCUGCACGAUGAUAUUGGCUACCCGACUGCACUACCCUGCGAGCGAAGCGACCCUUCCCUCAACGAAGCCGUCCAACUAUACCGUCACAUUGUGCGCAUCAACGACUGUCACAUCUCUACACGCGUCGACGAAACCGGGUAUCGACUGAUGCUUGGCAGCAUGGACCAAGUCCCGAGCAGCGACAUUGAGUACCUGGAAAACCAAAUGUUUGGCUUUUGGCGUAGCCUGCCGGACCACUACCACCUCUCGCAUGCCGCUAUGGAAUACAUCGCCAUCGAACGUGUGCAGCAGUGUCAGAACCCCAAUGUGCUCUAUCUCAACAUGCUCUACUACAGCUAUUGGCUCGCAUUGGAGACCCGCCUCAUGCAGUCGCCCGCACGGACAGACCUCGUGGGCGCAACGUUCGACCGUGUGGAUGGCGAGCGUGCUCUGGUCAUUGUGUCUAUAUGCUGUGACGCUUUGGCCAAGAUUUUCCAAGAACUCAACUACCGUCUUCCGUGUGUCAUGGAACUCCACUGGGUCUUGAUCGCCUGUGAUGCCAUGAAGGAGCUACGUGCGUCGCCCAACAACCAAAUUCGGAUACGUGCAGAAGAAAACAUGCGUAUCACGCUCAGGAUUCUCAAGGAUAAUGUGUUAUCCAUGAAUGCAGACAGCAGCAGCAGCGGCGGCGGCGAUAUGGACCAGUAUGGAACGCAUCAUCAUCGUGCAUCUUCGUUCUCGCUUCCACCAACGUCCCGUGACGAUCGAGGCCCAACGCCAUUCUCUACUUCUUCAUGCGGCAGCACAGUAGGUACCUCGGACGAUGAGUGUGAUAUCAUCUCGCCGUCGACAUCGUCUUCUACGGUGGAUGCUCUCUCUUCGCAGUCUGCAAAAGGGGCAGCCGCUUACUUUUUUGAGCUGAAGAAGACUUUGGAAAGCUAUUUUGCGCCGCAUGACUAUUCGAUACUUUAAUCUCUUUAUUUGGUUACUUUUUGCCUUUUUUUCAUGUAUAUUUUUUUUCCGUACCCUUGUUUCUCACACCACGUCUCAUAUUCUCCCACCUUAUACAUACCUGCCAUUACUCUCCGUUUUCUUCUUCCUCUUCUCUCUCUCUCUCUCUUCCUUUUUUGUUGCCAUAGUAUUUCUGUUGUUUCUUUUCUUUAUAUCGCCUGUUACCAACCAAUCU